GUACAACUCAACGCAGCUAAGAAGAACAACUACUAGAGAUAAGGGUUAGUGCUGCAACACUCCCUGUGCGUCUGUGUGAUGGAGAGAAAAGGGAAAUGAAUUGAAAGCUCCGAAAAUGAUUGUACAAGCCACGACAAGAUGAGAUCUAAAGGUGGAAUAAAAUGAAGUUCAUCAUCUCGUUCUCGAGUCUUUGUCUUAGCCGUUCCUCAGGUGUGCUUGUGCUAAGUAGGCCGAUGCUGUUGCAUGACGGUAGCGCUUGAGUAAGUUUGUUGUCACUUCUUUCCUCAGUUCCGUGUCGCUGUUAGUUUAGUCAAAACCUGUGUGAGUGAGCAUCGUGACGAAAGCGAAACACUAGGACGCCGCGCGGCAGUCUGCACUGAAAACUGUGCGAGAUUAAUUGUGUUGUAUUGUAUGGCACGCGACUAAAUAGAGAACGGAGGGCGUGGUUUGUCUUGAAGAGUGAUGUCGUCGUAGAUGUUGAGAUAAAAACGUCGUGGUGGGUAGUUUCCUUGUUGGGUUCGAACGCAACCGUAACAAGGAGGAGGCCAGGAUGCUUCAAGAACUGUUCUGAAGAGGAGCUGGUCGGAGAAAUAUCUAUCAUGCUUGUACAUGCGGAAACCUAGCAGUCUGUUCAAACACCUCAUGCUAGGCACUCUCAUUCAUUCACUCAUUCAUUCAUACUCCAUUGCAAUCACGUGACCCAUCGUCUGCAUACUUAAAAAGAAACAUUCAUCUUCUUUCCAAAUGUAGGUGGAGAGAGAACAAGGACUUUAUUGUGCACCAGUCUUGCUCCACAAAUUCCAUAACUUCAACACAUCUUGACGAGUUCUUGAUAACUUUCAACGCACCACUAGUAGUAGUACAGGAGAGCAAAGAACAUAAACAAGAUGCUAAUGCGACCUCUGUUGGUCGGAGCCGCGGUUGCGGUUGUGUCCACUAGCGGUUUGAUGGCUUUGAAACCUGGCGCGAAACCAAAGGUCGCGCCAGCAAAAGCUGACAAGAAGAAGCCGGCUUCUCUAGCCUCGAAAAAGAAUGCACCGAAAAAAGCGGAAGCGGAUAUCAACAUGAUGCAUCAAGAUGCCAAAAAGAAGAAGAGCACUACUAGUGCGGACCAACAAGUCAGCAAGAAGAAAGCGGCAGGUAAAAGCACAAAGGCGACUGCGGAGAAGUACUUAUACCCCAUGGAAGAUCUUCUUGACAGUCACAGUCACAAGAAAUUGAAAUUUUGAAUAGUCGAGCUGCUGCCGUAUUAUGUCGUCUGAAACGCCUCGAGUACAUCAACUCCAACUUGAAUUUCACAACACCAAUGUCUUGGUCGUGGUGUAUUGAUUGUCGUGUGCGACCAUGUGGUUUGAUAUUAUUUCAGAGUCCACGAUACUCAAUCGCUUCCGUGCGUGCAGGACCAAAAAUUAACAAUUAUAGUGGAAAUUUUGUGUCGUGCUCCUGGUGUAAAUGCUGUCACUUUAUUUAAAUUUGCAUUAAUAUGGAAUAAAAUCAAAAUUUUUAGUUUCGGGUUCGAACUUCUGCAAAUUUUGAGAAUCAUGAUUCACUUUUGCACCCUACUCGUCGACAGACAAACGCGUCAUAUUUUUGAUCGAUGUUAUAGAUUAGAAUCGAUCUGGAUUGAUUUAAUCUCCAAACCUUCCAUUAUAUUACAAAUCUUUGAUUAAUAUAUCCACAGAAAAUUCAUUCCAAAAGCCCUUCAGUGAAAUUCCAAAAUAUAUGAAUGUCGAAAAGUAUACUCAAUUUUUCUCCCAACAGAGCCAAAAAGCCUAGUGCUGGAAAGUCAAAGGCUCAAGACAAGCGCUGACGUCAAUCACAAAGCUGACCUGGAAACGGAGGUGGCCGCUAAGCGAUCAUAUUCGACUUUAGAACAACUGCCAGUAAAUUGGUGAGGCUGAACAAAAAUGAUGCAGCAGAAAUUAGCCAGGUAUUAAUCGCCGAACACAUCUAGGGAGAUACUUUAAAAAUCAAUCCAAAAUCUACGUCUACAGUUUCGAUUUGAAAAUUCAAAUUGAAAUAUUUGGUUUCAACAAAUUUUGAUUUUAUUUCAUUUUUACUGAAUUUUGAUUCAGAUUUUAUGAACGCUCUCAACAUCCAAUUGGCUUGCUCCAAAAAAAAGGUACCCAGAAGAUUUGCCAGAAGAAUAAUGUGGUUAUUCCGUCGAUAUCCACAAGAAUCGGCGAUGGAAUCUAAUGGACUUAUGCAGAAAAGACGAUUAUUGCUGCACGCAGUGGUGCGAGAUGUUGUAGCUGUGUGGUCAACGAGUAGAAGCGUAUUUCUUAUCGUGAUGAUUAAACUAAUAGGGAGUCUUCGUCGUGCUAUGGGAAGGAGUUCGUGCCCAGUGAUACUCUCGACCUGCACGGUUUUGUUCGUGAUGUCAUUGAUCAACUCCAAAUUGAUUCACUCUUGGAUUGUCACUGAUUGAUUAUUCUCAAUAGUAGAUUCUCUUGAUAUAUCUCCCCACGAUGAUGUUGAUACCAGUUGCACUUGUCAAACUCAUUAAGAACAUGGCCGCCCGCAACUACAGGUAGUCUUACAGAAUAGACGUUUCAGUAUUAGAAUACCGACACGACAAAGUCAAAAUAGAAGAAGUAAAAAGAGAAAUAUUGUCUUCCUAUGCGAGUGUUGGCGAUGACGACUUCGCCUGCGGGUCGUGCAUACUUUGUAAAGUCCUUCUCGUAGAUCUUGUUGCAGAUUUUUACCAUCAUGUAGUACUGAGUCGAAAUUAUGCUUGCAGCUCUUCGCGACUCCAACAGCGGAAGGGGCGCAAACAUGAUGACGACUUCAAGCAGUAUUGGAUCGUAUCACAUCUCACGUUUUUUCUCUCUCACUUGACAACAAAUAUUACGUACAAAUUUUCUACGUUAAUUUCAAAAAUAGAUUGUCUUGAUACAGACUUAUUGUUAGUUUUCCUUGCAAUUACACUUUGUUACAUUUGAUGUUAGAAUUACUUUUACUACAGUAUAUUCAAAAGAUACGUUGGUAGUAAUGAGACUUGGUCAUUUUUAAUUGACGGACAUUUUGUGGUGGACAGAAUGCUCAUUGUAAGAGCCUCCUGGCUGUAUGUCGGUUGUAGGCAAGUCUUCAUUUAAAAUUCAGACGGCGCACGACGAAAGACGCCGGUCUUCUGUGGAAUGACUCCUCCUGGUAGAAGUCGCAUUCAGUAUUCCCGAAUGGCCAGCAGAAUUUGAAAUGUGCCCUGAGUCAUUGGCAACUUCAAGCAGAG